AUGGACGGUGACUACGAGCCCGGGUCCGGGCGCAUGCCGCCUAGGCUCGACUCGCAGUCCGACCUUGCAAGGGUCAGCGGCUCCUUUGACGUCCGCAUCCUCAAGAGCUACCUCAAGUCGCUUCUUCCCAUCAUUCUCGACACCGAUGCCGUCCUCCUCGAGACGCUGCUGUUCGAAAAGGACAGCUGGAAGGAGACGGCCGCCCUCUUUGCAAACGACCCGAGCAUCAUGACCGCCUACGUAGACAAGGUGCGCCGCGAGGACGCGUCCUCGGAUACCGCCGAGAAAGACAUGUUCGAGUAUGACAUCUCACCGCAGGCGACCUACUCGACACGGCAUGUCUCGAGCAUCGCCCUGAUCAAGCGCGUCACCGUCCUUGACGAGGCGCUUCCGCUCUCGCAUCAGCUUCACAUCCUCACGCUCUUCGGCCCUGCGGGGAUUGCGGGUCCGGCCGUGGCGGCUGGGGCCUCGCGGGAUGCGGCCGAUGCGCAGGCAAAGGGCGCCGGCGACGAGGAUCAGGUCAUGGCGGCCACGGUGCGCGAGAGCCCGUACGAGGCGCUCCACAGCGUUGUCCACAAUGUCAUGGCGCCCUGGUUCGACGCCUUUGUGUCGAGCAAGAGCUCGCGCGCCAAGACGAGCGCGGCCAACGGCGCCGACACCCACGAUGCCGACUCCAAGAUGGGCAUCCCCAUGGCCAAGCGCCGAUUUGCCGAGCUCGAACUCAGCCUGCUCCACCUGCAGCAGAAUGUCGAGCUGCCCGAGAUCCACCUUGCCGUGCACCCCGUCAUCCGGGCCGCCGUCGAGCGGUGCCAGGCCGCUGGGCAGAAGGUGACGGUCGAGGCGAUUCAGCCGGCGUCGCUGCUAGAGGACAGCUCGUUUCUCAACAAGCUCCAGGCCGACGUCAACUCUUGGGUCAAGGAGGUCCAGACCAUCACCAAGCUCGAUCGCAACGUGGCCUCGGGCUCGGCGUCGCAGGAGGUCAGCUUCUGGCUCGCCAUGGAAAAGGCCGAGGACGGCAUCGAGCAGCAGCUGCGCUCCGACCCCAUCGUGCUCACGCUCGACGUGCUGCGCAACGCCAAGCGCUUCCACGCCACCGUCUCGUUCCUCGCCGACACCGGGCUCAAGGAGUGCGCCGAAAAGGUGCACAACUACAACAUGCUGAUGAAGGACUUCCCCAUCAACGAGCUGCUGUCGGCCUCGAACCUCGACAAGUGCGCCGACGCGCUGUCGGCCAUCUUCGGCCACAUCAACCGCAAGAUGCGCAUCAGCCCGUAUCCGAUGAAGCGCCUCCUCCCCCUCGUCGAGUCGAUCAGCCGCGACCUCAACGAGACGCUGCUCAAGGUGCUCGCGUCGCAGCGCAUCAUGUACCUCGACUUCCCGCGCUUCUGGGAGACGAUCACGGCCGCCAGCGAAGUGUUCCACGUGUGGGACGAGCUGGUCAAGGACUUUAUCAACAUUGCGCGCGAGGUGACCCGCAAGCGGACGGAAAAGUUUCUGCCGAUCAAGAUCAACCCGGCGCACGCAAAGCUGCGCGAGCGACUCAACUACAUCGGCGCCUUCCGCAAGACGCACGAGCAGCUGCGGGCCAUGGUGAGCUCCGGAAAGGGCCUGAUGGGCGCCGGCAGCGCCCAGGCGCUCGCGUCGUACGACAAGCACGUGGCCAUGCAGAACCUGGCUGGCAUCGAGAUGAGCGAGGAGAUCCGCGCCGCCUAUGACCAGGUGCGCGUCAUCGACGUGCUCGACGUCAGCCAGGAAGGAAACGAGAUCUGGACGGCGGCCGAGUCGUCGUACAACGAGCGCGUGGCUCGCGUCGAGAGCAACCUCAUCGCCCGCCUCCGCGACCUGCUCGGCCAGGCCAAGUCGGCCCGCGAGAUGCUGCGCGUCCUGUCGCAGUUCAACAGCCUCUUUGUGCGGCCAAAGGUGCGCGGCGCCGUCCAAGAGUACCAGCAGCAGCUGCUCAACAGCGUCAAGGCCGACAUCAAGACGCUCCACGACAAGUUCAAGUCGCAGUACCGCGCGUCCGAGGCCAACCACAUGACGCAGAUGCGCGAUAUCCCCGAGAUCACGGGCGCCAUCAUCUGGGCGCGGCAGAUCGAGCGGCAGCUCAACGUCUACAUGAAGCGGGUCGAGGACGUGCUCGGCAAGGGCUGGCAGCUCUACGCCGAGGGCCAGAAGCUGCAGAGCGAGAGCGAGACGUUCCGCCGCAAGCUCGACACGCGGCCGCUCUUCGACACCUGGCUCCACGAGAUCAACCGCCGCGACAUGAACAUCUCGGGCCGCGUCUUUGACGUGACGCGCAACCGCGCCGCCGGCAACGCGUUCCAGCUCGUCGUCAGCUUCGACGGCCACACCAUCACGCUCUUCAAGGAGGUGCGCAACCUGAUCUGGCUCAACUUCCAGAUCCCGCACGCCAUCACCAACCUGGCAAAGGACGCCAAGAAGGUGUACCCGAACGCCGUGUCGCUCAUGGAGACGGUGCGCACCUACAACCAGACGUGCAACCUGGUCAAGGCCAACCCGGGCGUCGCCUGCCUCCUGGCCCAGGUCUACAGCGACGCGCACCAGCUCAUUUCGCAGGGCAUGGCGCUGCGCUGGGAGCACUUUGCCAACAUCUACGAGAGCCACCGCGCCGCCGCCUACCUGCCGGGCGCCAUCGCCGACACGGGCCGCGAGAACAAGCAGAUUGCCUUUGUCCGCCACUUUGCCAGCAUCGUCAGCCUCUUCCAGGACAAGACGAUGGAGGUGAUCGAGGUGCAGCGCGACAUGCUCUCGGUCAUCGAGGACCUCGGCACCUGCGAGUACUCGGCCCACGCCUUUUCCGAACGCCUGCUCAGGAUCCAGCAGACGAUCGACAAGCUCAACCUCGAGGGCUUCCCCAACCUCGACGACUGGGUGGCCGACCUGGACGCCAAGAUCGAGCGCACGCUCCUCCAGCGCCUGCGCGCCGUCAGCGAGUCGUGGUGCCGGGAGUUUGUCAAGGACGACGGCGGCGGCAGCGGCAAGAGCAACCGCGAGAUGGCCAGGGACAAGGCCGCCGCCGCCGCCGCUGGGGCCGCGGGCCGCGCCGACAACCGCGUCCAGCUGCCGCCCAUUACCCACGAGAUCCGGAUCCAGAACCAGGUCAUCUUCCUCGACCCUCCGCUAGAGAAUGCGCGUGCCCACUGGUUCCGGCAGCUGCACGAGGUGCUCGCCGUCGUCUGCUGCCUCAAGCGCGUCAAGAGCUCGCGCUACGAGAUCGGCCUCCAGAUGCGCGGCAACGACAAGGCGUCCGAGCAGAACUACACCUCGCUCCUCACGCGCUUCGAGGACGACACGCUGGAGCGCCCGUUUGUGCUGAUCGAGGCCAAGCUGGCCGAGGUCGGCACCUACGUCGCCAAGUGGCUCCAGUUCCAGUCGCUGUGGGACCUCGAGACCGAGCACGUCUUUGCGCGCCUCGGCGACUCGCUCGCAGACUGGCAGCAGCUGCUGGCCGAGAUCCGCAAGACGAGGAGCACCUUUGACAACUCCGACAGCCAGCGCUCGUUUGGCACGUGCAUCAUCGACUACGAGCAGGUGCAGAGCAAGGUCAAUGCCAAGUACGACGCGUGGCAGCGCGACAUCCUCAACCGCUUCGGCAGCAAGCUCGGCGUGGCGAUGCGCGAGGUCCACGCGGCGGUGCUCAAGGCGAGAAACGACCUCGAGCAGCACAGCAUCGAGGGCAGCUCGACGGCGCAGGCGGUCACCUUCAUCACGAUGGUGCAGGACCUCAAGCGCAAGACCAAGGUGUGGGCGCCGCAGAUCGAAAUCUUUGGCAGCGGGCAGAAGACGCUCGAGCGGCAGCGUUACAUGUUCCCCCAGGACUGGCUCUACGUCGACCAGGUCGAGGGCGAGUGGAGCGCGUUCCAGGAGAUCCUCAACCGCAAGAACGCCAGCAUCCAGGAGCAGCUCGCCGGCCUCCAGAUGAAGAUCAUCGCAGAGGACAAGAUCGUCAGCGACAAGAUCGCCGCCAUCAUCGCCGAGUGGGAGGAGCAGAAGCCGAUCCACGGGACGCUCAAGGCCGACGCCGCCAUGAACACGAUCAACGUGUUCGAGUCGCGGAUCGGCAAGCUGGCCGAGGACCGCGCGCUCGUCAUCCGCGCCAAGGAGGCGCUCGACCUCGACCACAGCGCCGACGACCGCAUGGAGCCCGUCUUCGAGGAGCUGCGCGACCUCAAGACGGUCUGGACCGCCCUCUCCGGCACCUGGAGCCAGCUGGCCGAGAUCCGCGAGCUCAACUGGAACAACAUCCGGCCGCGCAAGCUUAGGCAGCAGCUCGACGCGCUGCUGGCUCAGACCAAGGAGAUGCCCAGCCGGAUGCGCCAGUACGCCGCCUUCGAGUACGUGCAGGAGCACCUGCGUGCGCUCCUCAAGAGCAACUCGACAAUCGCCGACCUCAAGUCCGAGGCGAUGCGCGAGCGCCACUGGCGGUCGAUGUUCAAGCAGCUCAAGGUGCAGACCCCCUACUCGCCCAGCAGCAUGACGCUCGGCACCGUGUGGGACCUCGACCUCAAGAAGCACGACGUCGUCAUCAAGGCCGUCGUGGCCCAGGCCCAGGGCGAGCUGGCGCUCGAAGAGUACCUCAAACAGGUCCGCGAGAGCUGGACCAACUACACGCUCGACCUGGUCAACUACCAGAAUAAGUGCAGGCUGAUCCGGGGCUGGGACAACCUCUUCCAGCUGGCGGGCGACAACCUCAACGCGCUGCGCGCCAUGUCGAUGAGCCCGCACUACAAAGUGUUUGAGGAGGAGGCGUCGCUGUGGGAGGACCGCCUGUCCAAGAUCUCGGUCCUCUUCGACACCUGGAUCGACGUCCAGCGCCAGUGGGUCUACCUCGAGGGCAUCUUCACCGGCAGCGCCGAGAUCCGCCACAUCCUGCCCGUCGAGAGCUCGCGCUUCCAGAACAUCAACACCGAGUUCCUCACGGUCAUGAAGAAGGUGUACAAGUCGCCCUUUGUGCUCGACGUCCUCAACAUCCCCGGCGUCCAGAAGAGCCUCGAGCGCCUGGCCGAGCUGCUCAGCAAGAUCCAAAAGGCGCUCGGCGAGUACCUCGAGCGGGAGCGCGCCAACUUCCCGCGCUUCUACUUCGUCGGCGACGAGGACCUGCUCGAGAUCAUCGGCAACAGCAAGGACACGUCGCGCAUCCUCAAGCACCUCAAGAAGAUGUUUGCCGGCCUGGCCACGAUCCGCAUGGACGACGACGCCACCGUGCUCGAGGCCAUGGUCAGCAAGGAGGGCGAGACGGUGCCCUUCCGCUCGCCCAUCGUGCUCAAGGACCACGCCAAGAUCAACGACUGGCUCGCCAAGGUCGAGAGCGAGAUGCGCAUCUCGCUCGCCGAGCUCCUCUCCGAGGCCGCCGCGGACCUCGAGGCGUUCUACACCGACGCAGAGACGCUCACCGUCGAGCGCUUCCUCGCCUGGAUCGAACAGUACCCAGCCCAGCUGGUCGUUCUCGCCGUCCAGGCCCAGUGGACCGCGCUGGUCGAUGACGGCCUCGAGAGCGGCACGGGCCUCGAUGGCCCGCUUGCCAUCGUGCGGCGCGGCCUCGACCUGCUGGCCGACACGGUGCUGACCGACGUCGGCCCCCUGCAGCGGCGCAAGUGCGAGCACCUCAUUACCGAGCUCGUCCACCAGCGCGACGUCAUCCGCCUCCUCCAGCAGCAGGGCGUGCAGAGCGCCCGCGACUUUGGCUGGCUCUCGCAGAUGCGCUUCUACCUCAACCGCCAGGUCGACAAGCCCCUCGACCGGCUGACGGUCCGCAUGGCCAACGCGAGCUUCCCUUACGGCUACGAGUACCUCGGCGUGCCCGAUCGCCUCGUCCAGACGCCCCUCACGGACCGGUGCUACCUGACGCUGACCCAGGCUCUCCACUACAAGCUCGGCGGCGCGCCCUUCGGCCCCGCAGGUACCGGCAAGACCGAGUCCGUCAAGGCACUCGGUGUGCAGCUCGGCAUGUUCGUCAUCGUCUUCUGUUGCGACGAGACUUUCGACUUCCAGGCCAUGGGUCGCAUCUUUGUAGGCCUCUGCCGGGUCGGUGCGUGGGGCUGCUUCGACGAGUUCAAUCGUCUCGAGGAGAGGAUCCUCUCCGCAGUCUCGCAGCAGAUCCAGAGCAUCCAGCAGGGCCUGGCGGCUUCUUCGUCGGACGCCGUCACCCGCGUGGGCGCCGCCAGUGCCGAGAGCUCCGGCGAGAUUGAGCUCCUGGGCAAGCGCGUGCCGCUCAAUGACCGCGUCGGCAUCUUCAUCACCACCAACCCUACCUAUGCCGGCCGAUCCAACCUGCCGGACAACCUCAAGAAGCUCUUCCGCAACAUGGCCAUGACGCACCCGGACCGCGAGCUGAUUGCCCAGGUCAUGCUCUUCUCCCAGGGCUUCCGCACCGCCGAGAUCCUGGCGUCCAAGAUCGUCCCCUUCUUCGUCCUCUGCUCGGAGCAGCUCAGCCCCCAGCCGCACUACGACUUUGGUCUGCGUGCGCUCAAGGCGGUGCUCGUCAGCGCCGGCCAGCUGAAGCGCGAGAGCAUGCUGCUCGCCGCAGGCUCGGCGCCCUCCGAGGCCGCGGCGUCGAUCGAGGUGGCCGAGCAGGAGAUCCUCAUCCAGAGCGUAUCGGAGACAAUCGUGCCCAAGCUCAUCGCAGAGGACGUGCCGCUACUCAAGAGCCUGCUCUCGGACGUCUUCCCCGGCGUCGAGUACAAGCCCGUCAACCUCGACGUGCUGCGAGAGCACAUCGCCGCCGUGUGCGCCGAGCGCCACCUGGUCGAGGGCGGCCUGUGGACCGAAAAGGUGCUCCAGCUGUACCAGAUCCAGAAGAUCUCGCACGGCCUCAUGCUGGUGGGUCCUUCGGGCACGGGCAAGACCCAGGCCUGGCAGGUGCUCCUGGCGGCCCUGGAACGCCUCGAGGGCAAGGAGGGCGUGGCGUACGUCAUCGACCCCAAGGCGGUGUCCAAGGACAGCCUCUACGGCACGCUCGACCCGACGACGCGAGAGUGGAACGACGGCCUCUUCACGCAGGUGCUGCGCAAGAUCAUCGACAACGUCCGUGGAGAGAGCGCCAAACGCCACUGGAUCAUCUUUGACGGCGACGUCGACCCGGAGUGGGUCGAGAACCUCAACAGCGUCCUCGACGACAACAAGCUGCUCACGCUGCCCAACGGCGAGCGCCUCAACCUGCCGUCCAACGUGCGCAUCAUGUUUGAGGUCGAGUCGCUCAAGUAUGCCACGCUGGCCACCGUCUCGCGCUGCGGCAUGAUCUGGUUCAGCGACGACAUCGUCCGGCCCUCGAUGCUCUACUCGCGCUACCUCAGCUCGCUGCGCGCCGUGCCCAUCCAGAACGACGACGAAGACGUCCUCGGCCCGGCCGCGGCUCGGCGCAACACGGCGGCCGUCGACGGCGAGGUGUCGCCGGACAUGCUCGUCCAGCGGAGCGUCGCCGACGCCCUCACCUCGUUCUUCGAAGACGAUGGCCUGGUCAGCGGCGCGCUCGAGUUUGCCAAGAGCGUGCCGCACAUCAUGGACUUCACCGAGGCCCGCGCGCUGUCGACGCUCUUCUCGCUGAUCAACAAGACGGUCCGAAAUGUGGUCGAGUACAAUUCGCAGCAUCCCGACUUCCCGCUGCCGCAGGACCAGGUCGAGGCCUACGCCAGCAAGCGCCUCCUCGUGGGCAUCGUCUGGGCCUUUACCGGAGACGCCAAGCUCGACGUUCGCGCCGAGAUGGGCGACUACCUGCGGGGCCACACGGGCGUCGACCUGCCCCCGCUCGGCCCUGGAAGCUCGCUGAUCGACUUUGACGUCACGCCCGGCCAGGGAGCCGAGUGGUCGCCGUGGCUCGACAAGGUGCCCACGAUCGAGAUCGAGACGAGCGCCGUCUCGUCGGCCGACGUCGUCAUCCCCACGGUCGACACGGUGCGCCACGAAGACGUCCUGUACUCGUGGCUGUCGGAGCACAAGCCGCUGAUGCUCUGCGGCCCUCCCGGUUCGGGCAAGACGAUGACGCUCUUUUCGGCGCUGCGCAAGCUGCCAGACAUGGAGGUCGUCGGCCUCAACUUUUCCAGCGCCACCACGCCCGAGCUGAUCCUCAAGACGUUCGAGCAGUACUGCGAGUACCGCAAGACGCCCAACGGCGUCGUGCUGGCGCCGGCGCAGAUCGGCAGGUGGCUGGUCCUCUUCUGCGACGAGAUCAACCUGCCGGCGACGGAUAAGUACGGCACGCAGCGCGUCAUCUCGUUCCUCCGCCAGCUCGUCGAGAGCGGCGGCUUCUGGAGGAUCUCGGACAAGGCGUGGGUCAAGCUGGAGCGCAUCCAGUUUGUCGGCGCGUGCAACCCGCCGACAGACCCGGGCCGUGUGCCGCUGAGCCAUCGCUUCCUGCGCCACGCCCCGCUUAUCAUGGUCGACUAUCCGGGAGAGAUUUCGCUCAACCAGAUCUACGGCACCUUCAACCGCGCCCUGCUCAAGGUGACGCCCAACCUGCGCGGCUACGCCGAGCCGCUGACGGCGGCCAUGGUCGACUUCUACCUGGCGUCGCAGAAGAGGUUCACCCCGGACAUCCAGGCGCACUACAUCUACUCGCCGCGUGAGCUGACGCGCUGGAUGCGCGGCAUCUACGAGGCCAUCAAGCCGCUCGAGACGCUCUCGGUCGAGGGGCUGGUGCGCGUCUGGGCGCACGAGGGCCUCAGGCUGUUUCAGGACCGCCUGGUCGGCUCCGACGAGAAGCGAUGGACCGACGAGCAGAUUGACGCCGUCGCCCAGAACCGCUUCCCCACGCUCGACCUCAAUGCGGCGCUGGCGCGGCCCAUCCUCUUCUCCAACUGGCUCUCCAAGGAGUACCGCAGCGUCGACCGCGAGUCGGUGCGCGACUACGCCAAGGCUCGGCUGCGCGGCUACUCGGACGAGGAGCUCGACGCCAACCUGGUGCUGCACGACUCGGUGCUCGACCUGGCGCUCAGCUGCGACCGCGUGCUCCGCCAGCCCGCGGGCCACCUGCUGCUGAUUGGCGCCAGCGGCUCGGGCCGCACCACGGUGACGCGCUUCUGCGCCUGGCUGCGCGGCCUGUCGCUCUUUUCCAUCUCGACGUCGAACAAGUACACCGAGGAAAACUUUGACGAGGACCUGCGCGCCUUGCUCAAGCGCGUGGGCACCAAGGGCGAAAAGGUGUGCUGGACCAUCGACGAGAGCCAGAUGUCGAACGCGGCGCGUCUCGAAAAGCUCAACACGCUCCUCGCCAACGCCGAGGUGGCGGGCCUCUUUGAGGGCGACGAGCACUCGGCCCUCAUCUCGGCGCUCAAGGAGGCCAGCCAGCGCGACGGACUCAUGCUCGACGCCGAAGAGGAGCUGUUUGCCUUUUUCCGACAGCAAAUCACCCAGAACCUGCACGUUACGCUAACCAUGAACCCGCCCGAAGGCGGUACGGGCAGCAAGGCGGCCGCCUCGCCUGCCCUCUUCAACCGUACCUCGAUCCUCUUCUGCUGGUGA